CCUAUUGCCUAUUCAUUUCCCUUUCUCUCUCUGCUUUUUAUUUUCCUAACCGUCUGAUCGAAAAUGAAACGCUACUCACUCUCUUUCUCUGCUCUCUAGUUGUUUGUUGCUGGCUUCUCUUCUUUUCCGGUUUCGAAGAAAACGAAAAACCGCGGAUUCGAUUACCCAGAAGAAGAUGGAUUGGAUUGUAAUGUGAAAUGUGAAUGUUCUUGAUUUUUGUAGCGGCAAUUGUAAUUCUUUGCUUUGCUUAUAGUCUACGUUUACCGGCUCAGCCACCACUCUUCACCGACCGUUUUGUGUGUCGGAUCUUUAUCGGGAUCAGCGAAUUUUCUGCCUCAUUCUCAUCUUUCCGAACCUGCAUUUCCUCUUUUCGGCUCUGCAGGUUAAAUAUGUCCAUGAAACACGCAAAUAGUUAAAAUUCUGUUUAUUGUAUGAGCAAGUGAUGCAUAUUUAGAGCCUUCUGGCAAAAUGGGAUUUGGUUUAGGCAGCAAAAGCAGUUCAAAACAGCAGCAAAAUCCCAAGAUAGUAAAGGAGACAGGUUUUCCAACCCAAGCAAAGCAGAGUCUGAAGAAUGAAGACAAGUUAAAAGCCAAAAGUUGCGUGAGUAAGCCAUAUGGUGACCUGUCCCAUGAACUAAGAGAACACGCAAACGAUGUAACCUUGGUCCAACAGAAAACUUCAGGGAAUUGCCAGCAGCUGUCUGUCAUGGUGAGGAAAAAAGAUGAUGAGCUUGUCAGGUAUAUGUCUAACUUGCCUGGUUAUCUCCAGCGCAUGGAGAAAACAGAAAAUAUACAGGAUAAAGCUUUAAAUGUUGGGGUUUUGGAUUGGACACGCUUGGAGAAUUGGAAAUGCAACCAAAAGGGCUCUCCAAAGAAAAUUGGAGAUUAUACAUCCUUGCGUAGCUGUAAUUUUUCAACUAAAAUGACAACUAAGUCAUCGAGUCAUUAUAAUCCAGCUCAUGGUGAGACUCUUGCUUAUCAACGAAAGCAAUAUUGCCCUCCUCCUUGUAGGAAAGAUUCUUCUCACAAUGAAGGCAGUUCCAGAGAUGCCAAAUCAGCUACUCGCGAUGAUAUGCUCAUCCAAGAUGUGAAAAAUGCUUCCAAGAGCCAUUUUGAUCGACAGAAGAGGGCAUCAUGGAAAUACAAGUCUUUUGACAGAGAUUGUCCAUAUACAAUUUCUGAAAAGGAGAAAAGAAGAGCUUUGGAUCAUAAGAUCACUUCAAAAGUUGAAAAUGGGUCAUUCAACUGUGGACGAAACAGCAUGUCAGUUGAGCCCAAGAAAAGUUUGAGUGCUUAUGAUAGAGAAGCCAAGCAGAGAUUUGAGGAGAUUGAAGGAUCAGAUAUAAAGAGAAAUGCUUUGAAGCAGAAGAGCACUUCAAGAACUAGAACUUCAUCAUCAAAGCUGAGAAAUUAUGAUACUUCACGUAAUACAGAUGAAAAGAAUAAUGUUGAGAAUAAUCAAACUCAGAAGAGGAUGGAGUUGCAAGAAUCAUCUACUGGUCUUCCUUCUCAAAAUCAAGCUGGCAACAAUAGAAACAUUGUUCUCCUUCUACCCAGAAAAUAUUCCCAGAACAGCUUCCAAAACCAACCAAGGACUUCAUGGGAUGAGAAUGUGGCAGAAAGAAAUCAGAAUACAUUAUCAGGUAGCAUUCCUGACAAGAAGGUUGAUGUUUCAGAAGAACUCCAUGAAAUUCCUCAUUCAUGUCCACUGCCAUCUAGAGCUGAGAUAAAUACAGAGCAAUUGGAGAUGGAACCUGAUACAAUCAAUACUCAGGACGCAGAGCUGUCAUCUGAUGCAACCAACACCAUUAAGUCUCCAAAUGGUAAUCUAGUUGAAACUUCAAAGAUGUUGGACCAGGAUACAGCAGAAUUGGCGAAUAGUAAAGGCAGGCAUCCAUCUCCAAAUUGCCGAUUCAGCUUCAGCUUGAGUCGGAUGACCAGAAGUUUUAGCUUCAAGGAAAGUUCAGGUCUCCCACAGUUGAGUUCCACGUAUGUUUCAGUGAAGUCUGGUCCUGUGACAUCUAAAUCUUCUGCUAGUUGGGAUAAUUCGAACAUCGAGAAAGUAUGUGGUCACAACAGAGCUAGAUCCAGCCCUUUGAGAAGGAUACUGGACCCACUACUGAAGUCCAAGAGUUCAACUCCGUCUUAUUCUGCCGAAACUGAUAAGCCAGUGAGAAGACUCCUGCAUUCCCACAGUUCUAAGCCAAUUACUACCACUGGAUCACUUCAAAAUGAAAAAUGUGAGGCAUCUAGUAUUAAAGCUCAAUUGAUGCUUACAACAACGAAUGGACUUCCUUUGUUCAGGUUUAUGAUCAACAACAACAAUAUUAUUGUUGCAGCUCCUGUUAAAAAUAUAACAUUACCUGGAAAGAAUGAUACAGGUUGCAACUAUGCAUUUUAUACUAUUGAUGAAAUCAAGAAAAAAAAUGGCAGCUGGAUAAAUCAAGGUGGUAAAGAGAAAGGUUGUGGCUUUGUGUAUAAUGUGGUUGGUCAGAUGAAGCUUAAUAGCAUUUCUUCCCUGGAUUUGGCUGAACAAAAGUCCAAUAGCCAGUAUAUGGCAAAAGAGUCUGUUUUGUUUGGUGUUGAUCUAAGACAGACUGGUCAGGCUUCACAACGGCUAAUGCCAAUGGCAGAGCUUGCUGCCAUUGUUGUCAAAAUGCCUAGUGGAAACCUUGCCUUUGACCGAGAGCAGACUGAUAAAGAAGAAAACCAACACUCAAAUAGCUGCACAGUCAUACUUCCUGGUGGUAUUCAUAGUUUUCCAAACAUUGGGGUUCCUACAUCGCUGGUUCACCGAUGGAGAACUGGUGGAUUGUGCGACUGUGGCGGUUGGGAUGUUGGUUGUCAACUACGCAUUCUCUCCAGUGAAAACAAACACCAGAAGAUUCCAUGGGUUUCUAAUACUUUCCUGACCUCAAAUCGUUUUGAACUUUUUGUUCAGGGAAAAACGAAACAGGAUAUGCCCAUCUUCAGCAUGGAACCAAUUGAGAAGGAAAAGUACUCUGUUGAAUUCAGUCCAUCAAUUUCUAUGUUACAAGCAUUCUUCAUUAGCGUCACUGUUUUAAGCUGUCAGAAACCAUCUGAUUUUGCUGAAGAGAGCAACGUCUUUGAAGAAAAAGUUCUCCAGGAAUCUACCAAUGGAAUUGGAAAUGAUGGAAUGAAGAAGAUACGCACGACUAUCUCUGGUGAAGCACCUGCAAAGUACACUCCAAGUCCACCGGUUUCACCUGUUGGAAGGGUCUAGCUGUUUGCCAGGGUAAUGUUGGUUCUUGGUGUCUUGCUGCUCUUCACAUAGCAAAAGAUUGCAGUGAUAGCAUCUUAAAAACUUUGUUCAUAUUAACACUUGCAUUUGAAAGAUAGAGAAUAGAUCUCAAACAGGGUUCUGGUAUAGCAGAAGUCAUUUGGUCAUCAUAGUUUUGUAUCAGUUAAUCUCGCAUUACUGAUAUCAUCCCUUGUAUAAAGAAAAUAAUGCUACCAUUUAUAGAGAUCCGAAAUUACAGAAA